AUGGUGACAACUGCUCAGAGACCUAUACAAACCAACCUGGAGUCCAACAGAGUUCAAGAUCUUGAAUUGAUCUUGGAAACUCUUACUCAGAAAAUUUUAACAUAUGUGACCAAAGCCGAUUCAGAAGACGGUUCUGUUGGAACACCACAAACCCCGCAUAAUUUAGUUAAAUUGUUCAAUGUUCCGGAAGAAGGACAAGGUCUACAAGACCUCUUUGAUCAAGUAGAUAAUAUUUUGAAUCACUCCGUUGUUACCUGGAAUAAGGGAUUCAUGGAUAAACUUUACGCAUCAACAAACCCAGUUGGUAUUGCAUCCGAUUUGCUUCUCUCUAUUCUUAACACUAAUUCGCAUGUCUUUACCGUUUCUCCUGCUUUAACUAUAAUUGAAAAGAAAACAUCUCAUGAAUAUGCUAAAUUGUUUGGAUUCAGUAGUCCUUAUUCUGGAGGUCUUACUUUCCCUGGUGGAUCCUAUUCUAAUUCUACAAGUUUGACUACUGCUCGAAGCAAGUUAUACCCUGAAACAAAACGAUAUGGCAAUGGAAGUCAUAAGUUUGUCAUUUUCGCUAGCUCACAUGCUCAUUAUAGUAUAGAGAAAGCUGCCAUAUUCUGCGGUUUUGGAUCAGAUGCUGUAAUUCGCGUCAGCGUCACUAAAGAUGGGCGAAUGAUACCCGAAGACCUUGAAAAAAAAAUCAUUCAAGCAAAAGAAAAUGGAUUUACUCCUCUUUAUGUUAAUGCUACAGCAGGAACUACGGUCUACGGAACUUUUGACGACUUUAAUGCUAUUGCUGAUAUUGCUGAAAAAUAUGGCUUAUGGUUUCACAUAGAUGGAUCAUGGGGAGGAAACAUCGCUUUUUCAGAAAAAUACAGAUAUAAGCUGAGUGGUUCAGAAAGGGCUAACAGCAUCACGGUUAACCCUCAUAAAGCUUUGGGCGUUCCUGCUACUUGCUCCUUUUUAUUAUUUCCUGACCAGCGAGUUUUGCAAGAGGCUAACUCUUUGCAAGCUCCUUAUCUUUUCCAUAACAAUUUUUCGUCUGAAGAAAAUUACGAUUUGGCAGAUGGGACUAUGGGCUGUGGUCGUCGUCCCGAUGCUGUUAAGCUUUAUCUUGGUUGGAGAUGGUUUGGAACUCAAGGAUACCGUGAUCGCAUUGACUAUGCGAUUAGUCUCUCUAAAUACCUUGCUGAACAAGUUCUUAGUAAAAACGAAUUAGUUUUGGUUUCGGAAUUUCCUCCACCAUUCCUUCAAAUAUGCUUUUAUUAUGCUCCAAAUGGCGUAUUAUCUGAAAUUCCCAAUGAAAAUACCAAUGCAACACGAUUUAUUGCUAAGAGAUUACAUGAAACGGGAAAAUUCUUGGUUGAUUAUGCACCUGAACAUGGAAAAGAUAGUCGCGGUGAAUUUUUCAGAGUUGUGGUUAACUCACCAAUUGUGACUAGCGAUUCUAUUGACGAGUUAAUAAGUUCAAUUUUGACCCUUGGACAACAGUACCAAACUAGAUGA